AAUUAUUUGUAAGAAAAAUUUUGUGUGUUUUUGAAAAUGGCCAUUAAUUUUGAAGAAAUUCCCAGUGAAAUUGAAAUUCCCCUAAAACCUGCCCAAAAAACCAAAACCGUCCAGGAAGAACUUAAUGAGCGACAAUCUUUGCUAAAUGAACGUGCUAUAAAAUGUAAGGAUAUAAGACCAUUUUUUGAAAAACUGCAUAAACCGGCCCCACGCUAUUUGUAUCGCUAUUUAUGUGUUUGUCCUCGUUAUAAUCCUCAAUAUGUUUGCAAACAUUCGGGCAAUAUCAUAAUCGAUCGCGAUGUUUUAACACCUGAAGAGCAUAUUGUCUAUUUGGCCACACCCAAGGCCAAUUUCGCAGCACCUCGUCAAAUGCCACGAUAUUUUCUUCGUAAAUCUAUUAUAGCCAAUUGUACAGCUCGUAUAAAUCGUUUGGCUAAACCUGAUUUGAAACAAGUAACGGAUACCUUAAACAAUUUCAAUCAUGUUAUAUCGAGACGUCAUAGAAGAUCGUUGAGAAAACGUUUGGAAAAAUCUGUAAAUGUGGAAUAUACUACAAUACAAAAGGCUUUAGAUUGGUUGGGUGAAGAGAAAAGAUUGCGUAAGAUGGCUAAGAGGAUGGAGAGACUACGUUGCAAAAAAUUAUCACGGAAAAUUGUUGCCAAACAGAGACAGCAAAUUAAAAAGAUUGUUUGUAUUCUAUUUGAAGAAAUGAAAGAUUUCCUUUUAAAUGAUCAAUUCAUAAUGGAUGAAAGUUCGACUUUGGUGAUGGUGAUAUUGGAGACAUUGAGAGAUUUUACAGACAAAGAAUUCUAUAUAACCAGUAAUUUGCGAGAAUAUCAAAAAAUACUAGCAUUCAAUUUGGCUGUUUGGAUUAAUAAAUUCAUAUCAAAUUUGAAUAUACAUGUUGCAGAACCGCCCAAACCUAACGACGAAAUGGCUGCACAACCACCAACUGAAAGACAAACCCAAGAGUUGUCAUCAUUUAUUCCUGUAGGUGAUUACAUAUCACCAAUUGUCUCGGAGGAAGAACUGUAUGAAGAUGAAGAUGAUGAAGAUUAUUAUUCUUACCCGCAAACUACCAGUGAUAGGGGACAAUAUACUAACGAUACGACUGAUAUCAAAGAAGAAUUAAAAUGAAUUUAACAAUUACCU